UUGCCACUCGUCAAUCGAUAUAUCGAUCAACUUCAGGCAAAUGCUGCCGAUUUCAUCAAAAAACUUCCUGAUGGUUACGGUACUCGCGUAGGCGAACGAGGUGUGCAACUAAGUGGCGGACAAAAACAACGAAUUGCCAUUGCACGUGCAAUCAUCAAAAACCCUAAGAUUCUUCUGCUCGACGAGGCUACCAGUGCGCUGGAUACCGAGGCGGAGGCGAUCGUACAAGAAGCUUUGGAGAAGGCUCAAAAAGGCCGAACGACCGUUAUCGUUGCGCAUCGCUUGUCUACCAUUAGAAAUGUGGAUCAGAUUUUUGUUUUCAAAGGCACGCAUGCUGAACUGAUGCAGAAACAAGGAGCUUUCUACGAUAUGACUCAGGCUCAGGUUCUGCGACAGGAGAAGGAAGUAGAAGUCCCAGGGAGCGAUGCAGAGUCCGAUAUUCUCUCACCAGACAGUUUGACUCGCUUUGACACACUUCGAUCGCGGAAAGCAUCUACGAGGAGCGCAAUCUCAGCAGUCUCCAGCGUUAAAAGUAUGCAGCUCGAAAUGGAGGACCUUCGUGCCAAACCGACCCCAAUGUCCAAAGUGUUCUCUUUCAAUCGCGACAAAUGGGGAUUUUUCGUCUUAGGACUCAUCGCCUGUAUCAUUACCGGUACGGUAACACCGGUAUUUGCACUUUUAUAUGCACAAAUCAUCCAGGUGUACUCAGAGCCUGUGGAUCAAAUGAAAGGCGACGUGUUGUUUUGGUGUGGAGCAUUCAUUGUUAUUGGUAUCAUACAUGCAACCGGAUUCUUCUUCUCGGCAAUCUGUCUGGGACGUUGUGGCGAAUCGUUGACGAAGAAGUUGCGUUUCGAAGCUUUCAAGAAUCUUCUUCGACAAGAUAUUGGGUUCUAUGACGAUAUCAGGCAUGGCACUGGCAAACUCUGCACACGUUUCGCUACCGACGCACCGAAUGUCCGAUAUGUAUUUACUCGACUCCCAGGCGUGAUUUCGUCAGGGGUGACUAUAAUCGGAGCGCUGGUCAUUGGAUUCGUCUUUGGUUGGCAAUUAGCUUUGAUUCUUAUGCUCAUGGUGCCGCUAAUCAUCGGCAGUGGUUACUUCGAAAUGCAAAUGCAGUACGGUAAGAAGAUGCGUGACACGGAACUUCUGGAAGAAGCCGGCAAGGUAGCAUCUCAAGCCGUGGAGAAUAUUCGUACUGUUCAUGCUUUGAAUCGACAAGAACAAUUCCAUUUUAUGUAUUGCGAAUACCUGAAGGAACCUCAUCGAGAGAAUCUUUGCCAAGCGCACACAUACGCCGGUGUAUUCGCAUUUUCACAAUCGUUGAUAUUCUUCAUGUAUGCGGUGGCAUUUUGGACUGGUUCAAUCUUCGUGGACAACCACAAUAUGCAACCGACAGACGUCUAUCGGGUAUUUUUCGCGUUCAUGUUCUGCGGUCAAAUGGUCGGCAAUAUCUCUUCGUUUAUCCCGGAUGUGGUGAAAGCCCGCUGUGCAGCAUCGUUACUGUUUUACCUUAUCGAACAUCCAUCGGAGAUCGACAAUCUGUCUGAAGAUGGUGUCAGAAAGGUAGGCCGAAGCUCAGUCCUCAAUUCUUCGUGCUAUGUAUCAUCCUGA